AUGCGUAACCUAAACCAUGAGGGCAUUGAUCUUGGUAGCGGCCGUGAUUCACGCUGUUCUCGGCGGUGGCAGCCACUUCUCGGUUCGGCUCCCGUUCCUCAACCCUGCCGGUGUCACGUAUUUGGACGGCCCAGCACCAGCUGGGCUCGCAGCCGGACCAUUGCAGUAGGAUACGCUGCAGGCCCUGCUGAAUUUAGUUACGCCGCGCCGGCCGUAGGAUACACUGCAGCACCGGUACAGACAUUAGCCGCAGUCCCCACCGUGCACCACGUUCCAGGAGUGGCUGACGUACCUGUGACUCGCGUUGAAGCUCAGCCCGGAUUGAUCCAGAAGGUAGUCGACGUUGCGAAGCCCGCUGUAUCUACCCGCAAGUUCCAACUUCGCCGUCCCGCUAUCCAGAAACAGUUUUACGACAUCGAGGAGCGAGUGGUGGUCCGACCAGCCGGUUCUGCCCUCGUCGAGCUCGAGGAACCUUUGGCAAAGAUACAGAAGGGCCCUGCGGUCAUCAGCCCUUUGGAUUCUCUGGCCGUGGGAGCCGCCCCCAUCCAACACGCGCCUAUCGCCGUCGCCCCAUCCCCUGCUCCUGAGCCGGUGUUCGUGUCAACCACUCCUGCCCCAGUUUUUGGACCCUUUCCAGGACAAGGACCAGUCGCUCUUCAGGACGAGGAGUCCGUUGUGGUUGACAAUCCUGACUUCGCAGCCCGGGCAUCCUUUUCCGCAGAGAGCCACCAGCUGGAGACUGAGCAGCAAGCCCUCAACGUCCAACAGCAGGACUUGCAGGCCAGACAGCACCUCCUCGAAUCCAGACGACAGCAACUGUCAAGGACCCACACGGAAGCUCGUCCACUAGGUCCUGGUCCCUUGCCUGGAAUCGGCGGGCCCCUUGCUAGAGCCGGCCCAGCUGUCGAGGUCCACGCUAACGGAGCCCCUCACGACGUCGUUCCCUCGCUCCGUGCCCUGAGUCCCGAGGUGAACCAAGCCAAUCAGCAGCGUCUCAUCCAACUGCUGACCGCACGCGGGGGUGUCGCGGAGGUCGGUUUCGGUCACGAGGGACCCAGCCCACUUCCCGUAGGCGACGUGGGCCCGGUCCGGGCCCGCGUCUUGUCCGCAACCCCGGCACCUCCACACGCUGACCCCACGGGUGAACGCGUGUCCACUCGCCGCGUGGUAGUCAGCCGACCUAUCGAGACGGUGCAGGACAUCGACGUGGUGGAGCCCGUCACGAAGCUGGAGCGCAUCGCUGUCAACCACCCAACCCUGUUCAAGACGGUUCAUCACGAUGUGGCCCGCGUACCGACAUCGGUGCCCGUCCUGGGUAAAACCCUGACACCUGCCAUUGCCCAUGCGGCCGUGCCUUACGGUUAUGCCGGUUAUGCCCAUUAA